CUUUUUUUACUUCUCAUUUUUCACUAUAAAUAAUCUCAACAUCUCAUAACUCUUAUUAGCCUCUCAAAAAACAAAAUCAUAUUUUUAGUGACACUUUCAUAGUGUAUGUAAUAAUUCAAAGUUCUAAAAUGGCUCUCUCUUUCAAAAUCCAACCAUUCACAAUAGCCACAUUCAUCUUCUUCUCACUCCUACUCUCUCUCCCACACUUCACUGCUUCUGGUUCUCCCAAUGAUUUAUCAUGUCUCAAAGUUUCUCCCAUCAAUUUCACCAACUCCGCCAAAGAAGUUAUCACCAAUCUUCAAAAAGUCAUCUCCAUUUUAUCGCGCUUCGCAGAUCCUUUCGGACAAUCUCGUCUCUUGAACGCUGUUUCUGAUUGCCUUGAUUUACUUGACAUGUCCGCAGACCAACUUGACUGGAUUAUUUCCGCCACUCGGAAUCCCACAGGGAAGGAUAAAAGUACUGGAAACCUAAGCUCGGAUCUAAGAACAUGGCUGAGUGCUGUUCUUGUGAAUACAGACACAUGUAUAGAAGGAUUACAAGGUACAAUUGUGAUGGGUCUUGUAUACGCUGAUCUUGAUCGUGUAAUGUCCUCGGUGAAGAAUCUUCUUGAUGAAGUAAUUCCCAUCUACGAUCAACUCCCAACUGCUACAAGUUCGGAUCAAUUUCCCUCAUGGAUGAAAGACAGCGACAUGAAGCUGUUGCAGGCAAACGAAACUACUGCAGAUGCUGUUGUGGCUGCGGAUGGAAGUGGGAAUUACAGUAAUGUGACAGAUGCGGUGUUCGCAGCUCCUGAAUUCAACAUGAAAAGAUAUGUUAUAUUUGUGAAAAAAGGUGUCUAUGUUGAGAAUGUUGAGAUUAAGAAGAAGAAAUGGAAUAUUAUGAUUAUAGGUGAAGGUAUGGAUGUGACUGUUAUCUCUGCUAAUCGGAGUUACGUCGGUGGUUCGACUCCUUUUCAUUCGGCUACCUUUGCUGUAAAUGGUAGAGGGUUCAUUGCUCAGGACAUUUCAUUUCGAAACACGGCAGGUCCAGAGAUGCACCAAGCAGUGGCAUUAAGAUCAGACUCCGACCUCUCUGUGUUUCAUCGGUGUGGGAUAUUCGGUUAUCAAGAUAGCCUAUAUCCCCACAGCAUGCGUCAAUUUUAUAGAGAGUGCACAAUCGCUGGUACCGUGGAUUUCAUCUUCGGAGAUGGCACGGCCGUGUUCCAGAAUUGCCAAAUACUAGCCAGGCAAGGGUUGCCUGAACAAAAGAACACUGUUGCUGCUCAAGGACGGAUAGACCCAAACCAACCAACCGGUUUCUCCUUCCAAUUUUGCAGCAUUUCAGCAGAGAAUGAUACCGUCGCAACAUACCUUGGUAGACCCUGGAAGAAUUUUUCAAGGACAGUCUUCAUGCAAUCCCACAUGAGUAACGCGAUAAGACCAGAAGGGUGGUUAGAGAUGAACGGGAGUUUCGCUUUGGACACAUUGUACUACGGUGAAUACAAUAACUCUGGACCGGGUUCUGUGGUCGCUAACAGAGUGAAAUGGUCGGGUUACCAUGUGCUCAAUGACUCGCUUGACGCUAAUAAGUACACUGUGGCUCAAUUUAUUGAAGGGGAUCUUUGGUUACCCUCCAUUGGUGUUAAUUACACGACUGGUUUGUAAUUCAUAAUGGUUCUUGGUUUUGCAUCAAACAAAAUCUAUGUAAAAGUAAGAGUAAAUGGGUUACUGUUAACCACAGUUAAUCAGUACCUCAUAAUUAGAUAUUUUUAGAUGUUUUAUUUUGAGCAAGAUCUAUGAUAUGCUUUUGUAUGUGUGUUAAAUUUAAAGGCUUUAUGAAUUUGGCAAAAUUUAAUUUA